CCUCUCAACCUUGGAACACCUUCCAGUCGUGCACCGUCAAGGAUCCAAUAGCCUUUUGUUUGGAGCCGGGGACCCGAAAAGGACGAGGCUGUGUCGACCGCAAUUUCCGAGCCUGAGAAAGACGGCAGGCGAAGGCAACUACAAGGCAUCUUUAAGAGUGGGCUGCUGCCUUCAUUCUUGAGCCUACUUCUGAGGAUUUGAUCGAAUCCAUUUCUCUUACACCAGUCUUCUCUCACUAUAAGGCCUUGCAAACCUCUCUACUUACUGCCAAUCUUUGUCUUUCUUGCUGUGGCCGGCAAGUCAAUCCGCAUCAGAACCAUGGCUUCCAUCGAAGAGAAGAUCCGGAACGCAGCCUCGCGCAACGCCGAGCUGCUCGAAGGCAUUCACGAAACCGACUCCGCUCCUUCCCAGCUUUAUCAGCAGAUCCAGUACAUCCAAGACCUGGAAUCUCAAGUCAAGAAGACGGAAAAACAUGCCGCCGAUCUCCAGAAGAAGACCGCAUCCGAACUAAAAGACCACAAGAAGUACUCCGAGUCUACAUUCCGACGCUUCGCACACAAAGCAAGCGGAAGGAAGGACCGCUUCGAUGAGAAGGCCGCGAAAGAAGAGCGCGAGUACUUUAAUGCCAUCCAGGCGCAGAAGACUGCUGAGGAUGGACUGGGCUACGUCAGGCAGCUGCGAGCAGAGGCAGAGACGACAAAGGACAAGUAUGAGGCGCAGGCCAGGCGGCACGACGAGCUCCAGCACGAACUCGAUGCCCUCUACAAUUCCAUCUUCGCAGGCCACACUCCCGGUUUCCCCGAGGAAGACACUAAAGAGAACGCAUGUAACGAGGCGCACCGGCACGUGCAGGACGUGAAUCGCGCACUCGAGAGAGAACGCCACGUCGUCUUCCUCCUCCGCCAAACCAUCGGCAAACUCAACGAAGCGCGCAGGCACUUGGAUAACGCACACCAAAUGUCACAGAUGGACCUGUUCGGCGGCGGCACCAUGUGGAGCAUGCAGAAGCGCAACCACCUCGAGCACGCCGAGUCCGCCAUCUCGCAGGUCAAAAUGCUGCAAGGCCAGAUCCGCCAAAUCGCGCCUCAGCUCGCGGAUCUAGGGCCCAUGAACAUCGCCAGCGGAUCGAUCUGGACGGACGUCGUUUUCGAUAACAUCUUCACGGACAUGGAAAUGCACGACAAGAUCAAAGCGUCCGAGGCGCAGAUCGAUCGUGCGGGGGAUAAGUGCGCGCAGCAGGUGCGGCAGGCGGAGGAGCGAGAGAAGCGGGCCAUGGACGAUUUGAGGGAAGCGAACGAGCAGUUGAGGCGCGCGAGGCUGGAGUUGCAGAAGGCUAGGGAGGAGGCGUUUAGGAGGGUUGCGGGCGGAGAGCGGAUUCUUAGCGGCGGUGGAGCGCAGCAAGUUCCUGAUGAUGCGCCGCCGGCGUAUUCAGCUUAGGCGUAGGGGAUACUGGGGUGGCUCGUGGGAGCACAUUCGGGUCUAGAUAGCCAUAUCGACA